CAAAGGAACGCGUCGCGGCGGCCGCAGCAGCAGCACAGGCAGGUGUUCCAGCGACCGAGAGGAAGAGACCAAGCCCGUGGGGUGUAUCGGCAGCAGCGGGAGCCAUGUUGCCCUGGGGUAGGCGGCGCCUGGUGCGGGUGCACUCGCAAAUCAUGGGCAGCCAGAGCGCCGAGCGGCUGAGUCCAACCGCCGGCGGCGGCGGGUACUCGGAGGACGAGCGGUCCGCCUACGGUUCUCGGUCGGCGGCGGGGCCACCGGUGCCCAAGCAGUCCAGCUACGACUCGGCGGUGGCCGGGGAUGGUCCCGUCAUGCUCCUCAACGUCGAGGUGCUCGACGAGGAUAACCGGCCCCCACCGCAGCCGCUGCAGCCGCGCUACUCGGAGCCGAUAUCCACGGAUCGGCUGGAGAGGGAGCGAGAGCGCAUGGAGCGCAUGGAGCGACUGGAGCGGCUUGAGCGCGAGGAAGAAGAGCGGCCUCGUUGGCAGCGCUCCAUCGAACGGCCGGCCGCGUCUCCGGCUAUGUCGCCGAUUGCGGGCGCUGCGUCCCCGCCUGGCGUGCAGUACAUGAGGCCACCCGGGAUGGCAUCGCCGCGGCCCCCCAUGGGCGCCCUGUCGCCGGUCGGCUCACGACCCCGGCUCGCCAUUUCUCCGAUGAUGUCCCCGCGGUCGCCGUCGCGCCAGUAUCUGUUCCCUGGCCCACCACCCAUGAUGAGCCGACCCGUAUCCGGGCGCAUGAGCCCGAUGACCCCGCGGUCGGGGGCGCGCUCCCCGUCCUGGCCCUUCAUGUCCGACCGACAGGUGAUGGCAGCGCGCCAGUACCGCAGGGAGCGACACAACUUGCUCGAGUGGAUCAUGACCUGGGUGUUUGUGGUGACGCUGGCUGUGGUGCUGCUGGCAGUUCUCGUUUUCUACGCCUCAUGGCAGACGCGACUGGACAAGAAGAUGCAGGAGCACCUCAACCUGCUGCAGAGGCUCAGCAGCACGCCACGCUUCGGCAGUGCAGUCUUCAAAGACCUCUACAAUGUCGACCUGCCCAUUGAAGUGUCCCUUCGCACCAUCCUCAAGACAAUAACAAACCUGAAAUACAUCGCCGGCUCAGAAACGGAGUCUCCCGUUGCCAACUACGUCGACAGAUUUAUGAAAGACAACAAGAUCAAUAACACGAAGAAAUUUACCUACGUUGUCAGCCUGUCUCAUCCAAGUCCGUCUGAUAAAAACAAGGUGCAGUUUGUCGAUCAAGAUGGCAACAUCGUGAUAGACUUCAGUGAUAGCGAGCCGUCAAACUUGGGGAAAAACUCGGGGCCUCAGGUGGCGUACAACGCUUACGGGAGGUCUGGAACCUACACGGAUGCAGUCAUGUACGGCAACCGGUGCUUCCCGGAGGACCUCGACUACCUCACGAGGACCACCGGUCGAUCUGUGUGGGCCAGUGCGCUGCUCUGCCGCUACAGCACCACCGAGAGCCCCGGGGUAGCGGUGGCCGCGGCCGAGAGGCAAGGCGCGCGCGCCGUGCUCCUGUUCAGCGACCCGCACGACAUCUCGGGCGGCGGCGGAAACAGCGUCUUCCCGCAGUCCUGGUGGAUGCCGGGCACCGCCAUCCGCCGCGCCAACGUGCGCAUGCCGCACGACAUCGGGGACCCCGCCAGUCCCGGAUUCGCGUCCCGUUACACCUUCCACGACCUGCGCAGGGUGCCGAUCGAUAAAACCAUGGUGCCCAAGAUCCCAGUCCAACCCAUCAACUCCAUCGACGCUGCGGAGCUCUUCAAGCGACUGCAAGGAAAAGAGUGUCCAGAAAAGUGGGUGCCAGCUUUCGGCGUGGCGUGUCAUCUGGGAGACAUCAGCUCGGGAAGGUUGUCGGUACACAUUAACAACGUCAUCCACGAGAGCAACAUCCAAAACGUCGUGGCUUACUUCCCUGGAGAAGUUGAACCAGACCGGUACGUGGUGUUCGGCGUGCCCCUGGACUCGUGGGGCGGUGGCGCCGUGGCUCCGGGCUCGGCUUUGGCGCAGGCGCUCGGCCUCUGCUUCAUCAUCAACAAACAGUACAUCGACAAGAAGCACCCGUGGCGGCCACGCAGGACCAUCGUGUUUGGCGCCUGGGACGCGCAUGAGUUUGGCGAGGUUGGAGCCACCGAGUUCAUCGAGGGACAACUGCACAAGAUGUCGACAAGAACGGUAGUCUACUUGAACUCGGACAUCUGCACCUCAGGGCCAGAUUUCUCGGUUACCGGUUCGCCUGUGUUCUCGAAGUCAUUUAGAGAAGCUGGAAAAUGGGUGCCUCACUACAGGAACACAAGUUACUACAAUGCCUGGCUCAAUGACCUGCACGCAGCGGCUGGAGAGAGCGGCCAGCCAGAUCUGCCCAUGCUUAGGAAGACUGGGGGCUUCACACCGUUUAUGCAACUUGCCGGGAUUCCAAGCCUCGACGUCGCCUUCGGUAACAACGCGAGCAAGGGUGUGUACUUCCCGGCGCUAGGCACGUCGUACGACGUGUUCGAACUGGCGGACAAGUUCAUCGACUCGGGCUACAAGGUGCACCGCAUGUGCCGGGAGCUGCUGAUCGCGCUGCUGUGGCAGUGGUCCGAGGCCGUCCUCUUGCCCUACGACCUGAAGGAGCUUGCGGGACGUCUCAACAUGGAGUUCAACGAGCUCAGCGUCCAACACAAGGAGCUCCUGGACAGGCUUAACAUCCACUUCGACACCCUUAGUUUCGCCAUCAAGCGUUUCACGAUGUACCUGAACAACUUCGAGGUAGAACUCCACAGAGUAGACCUCAAGAACCCCCUGGAGGUUCGGCGGUACAACGACAGGAUGAUGGGCUUGCAGCGCAGCUUCGUUCAAGAAGUAGAGAACUCCACAGCUUCGGGAAAACUGAGGAAUGUCAUCUUCGGCCAGUCGGACACCAACCAUGAGAGGAUCGUGGCCUUCCCAGUCGUCCGAGACAAGCUCGACCGGCUGCGAACGCUCGUGCAACAGGACGAGGCGAAUGCCGCGGAAGAACUGAAGCGCCACAUCUCUCUUGCAGCGUACGCUCUCAUGCAGGCGACACUGUUCGUUGAGGCAGAGGGCAUGGUCUGAAACGUGCCAAAUAAACAACAGUUGUGUGACACCA